GUUUUCGCGUACUGCUGGUUCAUGUUCUUACCCCCUCUACAGUGCAAUUUACCUUCCUCUACAAUGCUCGCAUGCGAAACCGACAAGCUAUCCAGCGAUGGGUCAAGGAAUGCCAGGAGACCUUCGAGGAGAUCGUUCAACGUUUGGCAGGGAUCAAAUCAGAGACAUGCUAUACUCUUAGCGACUUCCCACUCCUUCCAAUGAGCUAUGACGGUCUUCACAGAAUGAUGACGAAAACCCUGCCCGAAGCUGGAGUCACACAGGAUAAUAUCGAAGAUAUAUACCCUUGCGCGCCACUGCAAGAAGGAUUGUUGAUAAGUCAGCUCAAAACUCCAAGCUUGUACCACGUCUAUGCUAUGUUCGAGGUUUGCUCUUCACCGGGCGGACCACCCGUAGACAGGAAACGAUUAGCCAGUGCGUGGCAGAAAGUUGUUGAUCGACAUGCAGCUCUACGAACUGUUUUCGUGGAUAGUGUCUGCAAGGGUGCUAUCUUUAAUCAGGUCGUCCUAAAGAAGGUCGACAGCGGAUUAAUAACAAUUCACUGUGAGGAGACCGAAGCUGUCGAAAAGCUGAGUUCUGUCUCUAUAUUAAACGCCAAUUAUACCAAACAGCCUCGACUCCCGCACCAAUCAACCAUAUGCGAGACGACAAGUGGGAAGAUCUAUCUCAAGACCGAAGUCAACCACGCUGUCAUAGACGGCACUUCAGCAAAUAUCAUUCUCCACGACCUCACUGCCGCUUAUCAUGGAGAACUCCCUGAUGGUCCAGGUCCUCUUUUUAGCAACUACAUAGCUUAUAUUAAGCGGCGUGCGCCUGGUGAAAGUAUCAACUUCUGGAAGGCAUACCUCGAGGGUGCCUCUAUUUGUAACUUUCCAGUACAGAUCGAGAAACUUCCCAAAGAUCGACAAGUAAAUGCAAUCACCAUGAACUUUGAGCGCUUUCCUGCAUUGCAAGACCUCGGUAAGAAGCUGAAUGUCACGAUAGCCAAUAUCAUGAGCGCAGCCUGGGCCUUUUGUCUCCGCGAGUACACGAAGUCAGAUGACGUCUCUUUUGGAUAUCUUACAAGUGGUAGAGAUGUACCCGUGCAUGGAGUCCAAGGUGCUCUUGGCGCUUUCAUCAACAUUCUGGUGUGUCGGGUUAAGUUCGCGAAGCGCGCAACGCUCGAUGAGAUCUUUAAGGCGGUGCAGAACGAUUAUCUCCAAAGUUUAGAGCAUCAGCAUGUGUCUCUAGCACAAGUUCAACAUGAUCUUAUGUCAGGACGAGCUCUUUUCAACACUGCUGUAUCCAUUCAGAGUGAUAGACCGUCGGAGAACCAAGAAAAGAACCACAUCAUUUUCAAAUCGAUACUCGCCCAUGAUCCAAGCGAGUACUCUGUCACUCUCAACAUCAGGACCCUGAAAGGUGAAGAAGGCGUUGUAAUCAGAUACUGGACCGACGUCAUGUCACCAGAUCAAGCAGAAGGGCUAUCAAAUAUGUUGGGUACAGUGUUGGACUACUUCAUCAACAAGCCCGACCAACUGGUGGAGGAGCUUGAUCUGUCCCAAUACCGCAAAGUCCCUCGCCCUCAGCUACUUCUUGGAGCUGCACCAACCAACGAGCCGUCCAUCAUCCCUCCUCCAAUCAUCAUGUCGGAAACGCAGCUGCGAAACAUCAUCAGCGAAUGCGUGCGAGAGGUAAUGGGCCAGAUACUGAGCUCAGAAGCUUUUCCGGCGCAUGCGCAAGGAGUCAGGAGUGACACUGUAAGCGUUGUGAAGCAGGAAACGAUACAUUCCAUGAUUGAUUAUGCCCAAUUGACAACAUCGCCACCUCCACGACCACAAAUGGCAAGAGCUUCAUCCGCGAACACCAUUGCUUCAAUAAUGCAAUUGAGCCCAGUCGAGCAGAAGCUCCUGUCAGUGUGGAGUGAGCUACUCCAAAUAUCUAAAGAAUCCAUCAAAAAGGACGACAGCUUCUUCAAGCUAGGAGGAGAUAGUAUCGUAGCCAUGCAAAUGGUGGGGAUGGCCCGCGAUGAAGACCUUGCCCUGACUGUUGCCAACAUUUUCACACAUCCAACUUUCGCGGAGAUGGCUGCAGUGAUUCGUAUGGCGGAAGAGGCACAGUCACCAUCUUCGGUCGCAGUAGCUAGAGACUACAUCGAAGCUCACAACUCAAGAUCUCAAGCCAUUCAGAAUGCAUUCUACCAACGCUACUCGCUACUCGAGGCUCAAGAUGUCGAUACGUUCCUCCAACAGAACAUCUGCCCCAAAGUACGCUCGUUCCGUGGUGGAAUAGUCGACGUCUUUCCCGUGACCGAUUUCCAAGCCUUGGCUAUUACUGGUGCCCUCAUGGAAUCAAAAUGGAUGCUCAACUACUUUUAUCUGGAAGCAGAUGGAGAUAUCAAUCUCAAGAUUCUCAAAUCAGCUAUUGCACGAAUGGUCAAUGCUUUCGACAUUCUCCGGACUGUGUUCACUCCCUAUAACAAUCGAUUCUUUCAAGUUGUGCUACGAAAACUUCAACCCUCAUUCUCGGUGCAUGAUACCGAAGAUCUAGAGAGCUUCACGACUGCUCUUCAACAGCAAAGUCGGAAAAACGGGCCUCGCCCUGGUGAAUCGUACCUCCAGUUCACAGUUGCUCAGCAGAAGAAUAGCAAUCGCCAUCGGAUCAUUAUGCGCAUAUCGCACGCCCAGUACGACGGUGUUUGCCUCCCGAGUAUUUUGAGCGCUCUACAAAGCGGAUACGAAGGCCACAGCAUACCAGAAACGCCAGAUUUCUCUGCUUACGUUCGGGAUGCGGCAAGACAGACAACUGAUGAGCACUACUUGUACUGGAAAAGCCUGCUGAAGGGCUCAGCAAUGACAGAAAUUGUUCGUCGUCGAGGGCCAAAUUAUAGCCGCGGAACUGAAGCUCCAACGAAUUUGAAGCGCGUCGUUCGCAUGCCGUCUCUUGCUUCUGAGGGAAUCACUGCUGCAACGAUCAUCAAAGCUGCUUGGUCCCUCGUUCUUGCGAAAUGGUCAGCGCAAUCGGACGUUGUAUUUGGAAACGUGAUUAGUGGAAGAAAUGCACAUGUUCCUGGUGUGGAUCGCAUUAUUGGUCCCUGUGUCAACAUGAUUCCAGUCAGGGUCAAUUUUCAAGAAGACUGGACGGUGCUUGACCUCCUCCACAGCAUUCAAGACCAACAGGUCACAGCGAUGCCCUACGAGUCUCUCGGAUUCAGAGAAAUCAUCAAACACUGUACUUCGUGGCCCGAUUGGACUAACUUCUCCACGGUCUGUCAGCAUCAGAAUAUUCAGCGGCAGACUCAAAUCCAGCUUGGGGACAAUGAAUACACUUUAGGCGCUAUAGGAUCGCAAGAAGAUUUCGCUGAUCUCACUGUCUUAUCGACACCUCAAGAGGGCAACCAGAUUGAAAUAUCGCUGAUCUUCACUUCGAACAGCGGUAUCACCCUCCCCUUCGCGGAAGCGAUGUUUGAAGCUUUGUGCGAAACUGCUGUUAGCUUCCCCAAGGACCCCAUGGCAUCUCUCCCACCGCCGCCAGAGCUAUCACUUAUGCCACAAAGAACGUUGGAUGAGGUUGUCACGAGUGCACGAGAAGAUAUGUCUCUCGAUCCGAAAGAUCUCAGUAGAGACGAGUUGUCAACACAUUCUGCCAUGCUCACGAUGAUAUGGCGACAAAUCUUAGGAGAAAAGACUGGCCAAGUGACUCCGAUUGCGCUGGAAGCCUCUUUCUUUGAAUUGGGCGGAGACAUCAUUGGAAUUGCGCAAGUUGGCUCAUUGUUGGAGCAAGAGGGAGUCAAGAUGGGAAUGGAAGACCUCGUUGACCAUCCAAAGAUGAUCGAGCAGAUUAGUUUGAUAGCUGCAGAGGUCAGGAAAGAGAAAGAGGCUUUGGCUGCUGAAGCGAUGGUUGCGUCGGUACAAGAUGCACCCGAGCUUCCUAAGAAGGGAUUGAAGGGGAUUUUGGAGAAGUCUGUUAAGUUAGCCAAGAAGAUCAGGCGACGACGAGAUAAUGAAGGCCAUACAUAAGGCCACAGGGGUUAUGAAGGAAAUUUGAGCGCUGGGUUCUAGAUCAAUGUUUGAGUUUAUUAUCGUCACUCUUUAUUACUUUAGAAAGCUUCGGGGAGACAUGUUUAUUCAUAGAUUGAACCCAUUUGUAAC